AUGAGUUUUGUGGAUGAAGAGUGGUCGAAGCUUUCGUUGCAGGUUGCCAAUGAGCCUGAUAAUGUUCCACAUUGGGAAGCGCUUAUAAAUUACGUUUCAAAAGAUCUAUCGAAAAUAACACCAACUCCAAAAAUCAAUAGUUUUAGAAUCUCAUAUGAUCAAUUCCUAUUCAGAUUCCCUAUACUGGAGCAGUACUGGGUGAAUUAUGCUGAACUAGAAUUCAAGCUAGGUAAUACAGAGCUAGCCAGAGACGUUUAUCAACGUGGUUUGAAUAGUAAUCCUUAUUCUCUUUUGAUAUGGAUACAGUACUUGAGAUUCUUGAGGAAAGUUGAAUUGGACUAUGAGAAGUUGGUAUGGUUUUUCCAAUCAGCUGAAUCCAAAAUAGGUUAUCAUUAUCAUAGUUAUGAAUUUUGGUCUGAAUUUUUGGAGUUUGAAGAAAAAUUUAAUGGAAAAUCGCUAUUUUACUUCAACAUUUUGAGGAAAAUAAUUGAAUUACCGAUUUACAAUUUUGCAAUCUUUUUCAAAGCAUGGCUCAAUGAAAUUGAAAACUUGAAUCAUGAAAAUGUGCUGAAGCUAGUUGAUGAACAAGAUAUCGUCAAAAAAUUCAAAGUCAGUCUAGAUAAGAAAGAUUUGAAAAAACUGGAUUAUCAUGACUUGAAGGCUAAACUAAAGAAAACCUACACAGAUUUAUACAUCACUACACAAUUCAGAUCAUUUGAACUAUAUCAGUUUGAAAAGAACAUCACAUUAGAAUAUUAUGUACCAAAUUUUUACAGAUCUUUUCAAGAAUUAACAAACUGGGAACAAUACAUCUCUUUUAUUGAAUUGAACGGGUCUCCAAAACAAAUUGAACAACUUUACGAAAGGGCAUUGAUCCCAUUAGCAAACUAUCCAACAAUAUGGUUAAAAUAUGCUAAUUAUUUCAUUGGUUUAUCCCAGUUCCAAAAUGCUAAAAACCUUUUAUACAAGUCUUUGAUUUUCAUGAACAAAACAAAUGCUAUCCAGAUUCAAACCAAGCUAGUCAAAAUUGAGUGUGCUUUAAAGAACUAUAUCAAGGCAAAAGAUUUGCUAGUAACGGUUUUGAGUGUCAAUGAAACAAAUAUAGAACUUUUUUUGGAAUUAAUCAAUUUAGAAUACAUUAUAAGUCAUGAAAAUUUAACAAAAUUUAAAAACUUUGUCAUCAAUUUAAUACAAGAAAAACCUGUGAAGAUAGCCAAUGUUCUUUUAAAGCAUCUAACAAGUUUCAAAAAUAUUACGAUAGAUGUGAAAUUAUUGCAAAGCUUGAAUGAAAAUGGGAAGUUUAAUGAAUCAUUAGAUUUUUGGUUAAUUUAUUUAAACACUUUAUUGUUGGCCAAUGCUGAGAGGGCUGAAGUUUUAAAUUGGUUCAGUUUCGCUGUUGGUAAGAUAGGUGAAGAUAGAAAAUUAAAACAAUGGUUUGAUGAUUAUUUAAGUUAUGAUUCUCAAGAGGAUAUUGAACAAUAUUUUAAAUUAAAUAGAAAGCUAGUGCUAACUAAUCAAUAG